UUUCUCACCACAUCGACGUAAUUCCCGUCAGUAGCACACCAUGGCCAACAAGAGAAACGAAGACAUUGAGUUGGGCCCCGCCGAGGGUCGGGGUUCGACCGACAAGGACCCUUUCCUGGCCAGGAGAUCGUCUUCGCAGCCAAACCGCCCUCAACAAGCUGGUCCUUUCGGCGGCUACUUCGACAAGAUUGACCACAGUCCCGGUGCCUCGAUUAUCGCCUACUGUCUUUCGUCGAUUUCCAUGACGGUUGUCAACAAAUACGUUGUGUCCGGCAGUGAAUGGAACCUCAACUUCUUCUACCUUGCUGUGCAGUCUCUGGUCUGUACUGCCGCCAUUUUGAUUUGCAAACAGCUGGGCAUGUUCCAGAACCUCGCUGCUUUCGACUCGACCAAGGCAAAGAAAUGGUUCCCUAUCUCGCUUUUGCUCGUGGGCAUGAUCUAUACCAGCACCAAGGCGCUUCAAUUCCUCUCCGUGCCCGUGUACACCAUUUUCAAGAACCUGACCAUCAUUGUUGUUGCCUACGGUGAGGUCCUCUGGUUCGGCGGCAGCGUCACCCCCAUGGCUCUGCUCUCCUUCGGUUUGAUGGUCCUCAGUUCCGUCAUUGCUGCCUGGGCCGAUAUCCAGGCCGCCGUCGAGGGCGUUGGUCACACUGCCGAGGCUACCGAUGCUAUCUCCACCCUGAACGCCGGCUACGCGUGGAUGGGUAUGAACGUCUUCUGCACCGCCGCGUACCUUUUGGGCAUGCGCAAGGUCAUCAAGAAGAUGAACUUCAAGGACUAUGACACCAUGUUCUACAACAACCUCCUCACCAUUCCCGUCCUGAUCGUUUUCUCCCUGCUCUUCGAGGAUUGGUCCAACGAUAACUUGAUCAAGAACUUCCCCGUCGAGACGCGCAACAGCCUUUUCAUCGGCAUGAUCUACUCUGGUCUCGCUGCCAUCUUCAUCUCGUACUGCUCGGCCUGGUGCAUUCGCGUCACCUCCUCGACCACCUACUCCAUGGUUGGCGCUCUCAACAAGCUUCCCCUCGCCAUCAGCGGUCUCAUCUUCUUCGACGCCCCCGUCACCUUUGGCAGUGUCACCGCCAUCUUUGUCGGCUUCGUUUCUGGUCUCGUUUACACUUGGUCAAAGACCCGCCAAAAGGUCUCCCAGAUCCUGCCUACCACUCAGCCUACCAUGAGCGCUAGCGCGGCCAGCAACAGGGAUGCGGCAAAUGCUUGAUUUCACAGACCGGUGCGGAGUUGGGGG